GGCGCACCCUCUCACCUGUUCAGACUCAGGAAGUCAGUUUUAGACAAUCAGUAAAAGUCCCAACUGGGCAUCUAGGAGGCUCCCAGAGCAGGGCAAUCAGGAAUCUGAAUAAAGAACUGAACUUCUAUCUAGAAACCAAAUUUUGUAUUUACUCUGAUUCAAGCUAUACAAGAUCUAGACAAACCUGUGUGGCUGUGCCUAAUAUUAAUAUUACUUGUUUUGUCUGAAAAUACACAAUAUGAAUAAUACUUGAAGGUUCUAGUAUAUGUUUAGUCUCUGAAAAAUAUUGGACCAUAAUGUAUGUUUCAAGCUCUAAACACAACCUUUGAGAGUAUAAUUGAAUCAUUUCAUCCUCUCCUUUCUCCCUACUUUUAAGUCUGAAACUCUGGAACAAAUAGCUGAGAGGGCUAGUUAACAAAUCAAAGCAAACCUGCCUGACAGGUUCUCUCUGCAGGCCUCAGUCCCUACCUGAUACAGGCAUACCUAGCCUUGUAGCCUGGGGGUUAGGCUGCCCUUCUCCUAGCUGCCAUUCCUCCUGUAAUCCAACCCUGUUGGUUGCCUGCUCUUUUAUAUCUACCAUUCAUCAGCAUGAUCUCUUGGUCUGGUUCUUGCUUCUCCCCUCCUUCCUCUCUCCACAUUUAUCCCCUCUGGACUCUCCCAGAUGUUCUCCCUUUCAUGUGUAGUAAACAUUGUCCUUAUGUUACAUAGGAGCAGCCAUGUCCUUUUUUUUUUUUUUUUUUUCCAUUCACCUCCCAUUAACUGCACCUUGCUUUAAAAUUCAGGACCAUGUUUGGCUUUAAUUAUUGUUACUGUUUGAAUUUGACUGAAGUUUGGCUGCAGGAUUUCCCAACCAUGAGUAGAGAUGGCUGCAUUGGACAUUGUGUGUGUAAUGGACUAUGCAAACAAAGGACCCAGUGUCUUGGAAGAAGAAAAUAAGUGCUCUGGGAGACUGGAACAUUCUAUUAAAUACAAUCUCCCCAGACUAGGGCUCUCCGUCUGCACCUAGGAUGGAAGGGCAGAGUUAGGAAGGCUUCAACUGUCUGAGUCAUUUGCUCUCUGAUCCCUUAGUAGAGAAACUGCUACUGUCCUGAGGCCCAGCUGGGCAGGCCUAGCAAUCAAGAUCACCAGUGGAAAGUAGCUUGCAGGUUCUUUCCAGAAUUCUCCUAGCAUGCAUCUGUAGCAAGCUGUGAGGAAGACCACAAGCUAUGCCAUGGUUAGUGUGGUGGCCACUGUCCCCAGGCCAGGAGAACUUGCCUGCUGCGCUCUCAGAGUCUGAUCUGCCCUGCCUGAGAUGAACUGUGAGUCAGACUGUGGUUCUAUUGCUCAAUGUGGUGAUCUGAGCCCAAGCCCUUGUCCUGUUUCCCUCCCUGAGUGUGGAUUUCCUGGGAGGGGGAGGCUUAAGAGCACUGGCAGUGUAAAGCUGGGGUGCUUAUAAUAUCACUGUCCAGUGUGUACACAAAGGCAGUUGUUUGCUAUGAUUACAGUAGGGAGACGGCCUGGGAAACGGGAGGUCUGGUUUCCAAAAGUACUGACCCUUACAUUCCACACUCAGUUUUCUGUGACAAAUUUUGUAAGUAGUUUAGAAAUUGAUAGAAAGGAGGUGAUAGGGAUGAUCCUUCAGUAAUACAUGAUGCGAAUCCUUUUUCUUUUCCACUAUGUCCAGUCACAAUGGCACGAUUCAUGGAAAUUCAGUUGCAGGGUACAAAAGGAGUUUCUGAGAUGCAGAACUUUCUCAGGUGUGCAUGCUGUUGGUUAGAUAGAUUGUACAGACUUCACAUCCUGUGACAUAAUCCAUGUGGCAUGAAGCAAACACUUAGUUAUUCUUCAACAUUGUUUUGUGUGGGCUUCAGUAAGUCUGGGUCUGCGUGAAACCACAAGGGGUCAUGAGGGGCUGCACACUCAUAGUCCACCUUUCUGAUCACCUCCAUUAUCAGAGAAAGCUCUAGAGCAUGGAGACAGAUCAAUAAUAGCUGGAAGGUCAAAAUACAGCAGUUUAGGGAACACUUUGAGUUAUAUGUACAGGACUCAUGAAGUCUGUGUUUAUUUAAUUUGUAUAUACAUACAAUCACACUAACAUAGGUCAAGUUCAAAUUAUUAAUGGUGUAGUUUCCUUAGGUAUUUUGGUGAUAACUUUGGUGAGGGGCUGCUUAGUCAUAGCCCACCUUUCUGAUCACCUCCAUUAACAGAAAGGUCUAGAGCAUGGAGCUUUUGGAAGACAGAUCAAUAGUAGCUGAAAGGGCCAAGAAGUGGGAGUGUGGUGGGGGGGAGCAUGUGGGGGACUUUUGGGAUAGCAUUGGAAAUAAAUGAAAUAAAUACCCAAUAAAAUAAAGAAAAAGAACUGCCGAAAAAAAAUAGUAGCUGAAAGAUCAAACUAUAAUAGUUUAGGGAACAUUUUGAGUUAUGUUUAUAGGACUCAUGAUGUCUGUGUUUAUUUGCUUUGUGGGGGGAUAGUUUUGCUCCUUUGGUGACAUAUUUUCCUGGCUGUUAUUGGUUAUGUUCCUAAGCUGGUGUCUGGGCAUCUAGGUUUGGUGUGAUUAUAGGUCUAGCUGCUGAUUCUUGGGUUUGUCUUCUCCUAUGUUUUUAGUUGUGAGCCUAGCCUUUAAUGGCUGAGCCAUUUCUUCAGCCAAUGGGUUAUAGGACACUUGACAAAGAGAGAUGAAGCUGCCUCUUCAUGUUCUAGUCUAGUACUAGGGGAAACUGAAAACUACAUCUAGGGUACUAGGUAGUGUGUUAGGUCUGCCUACAUGAUUUUCUGGCAAGAGUGGCAUGUGGUUGAAAAGAGGUGUGUGCCCACAUCAGAGCUAAGACACAGUUGAGGUGGAAAAAGAAGGGCAGUUGUGGAUGCUCUGUGGUAUUUACAGGAAACUUGGGCACAGCGAGAGGACACUUCCCCUGAGAAUUGUGUUACAGUGCAAAGGGCAACUGGGAGAAUGGUAGGUCUUUGGGCAGACUACCUAGUCUUCUGACAGGGAUGGCUUGUGGUUGAGCAGGGGUGUAGGCCAAUAGUUAGGGGCUCAGACACAGAGAUGGGGCAUGAAGAGAAGGGAAGAUGGGAAUGGUCUGUUUCUAGAUGAAUCUAGAUGUAUCUACAAGAGGCAUGGAAAAAAGAGGAAGCUGCUACACUAGGAGCUACAUGGAGUAUUUGGACUCAGGUAACAGAAAGUCGGGAAGGUCUGGUGGCAUCCUACCUGGUCCUGAAUUGAACAUCUUAAUACUGAGGCAUGAGGUUCCCAGGGAUCAUUUAUUUACUUGUAUAUUUACAUAGGGUUUUCAUAUUGUUCAUCUUUGAAAAUCUGUUUUCUUAUUGGAUAAAAAAUACUAUGUGGACUCAGCAGGUCAGUGAGCAACUAUUGUUUUUAGGGUUGACGUGAGUUCAUAUACAAACACCCAAACCUAAGUUUGGAAGGUCCUGCCCCUCUAGAUUCGGGGAUCUGACACCCUCUUCCCCUAUGUGUGACCUCUACAUUCAUGGAAGACAUUCAGUCUCACACACAAACACAUUAAAAUAAGGAGAAAGUAUGUUUUCAACAGUGCUUAUAAAGCAGUUACUACCAAAGAAAUGUUUAGGGGUACAGUUCAAAUCAUGCAUUGUUUUUGAAAGAUCUUCUUUCUUGCAUUUGGUUUUUAAAAGUUUGCAUUUCCUCCCAUUGGUGCAUAUUUGUAUUUAAUCAUAGGAAACAAAAUGACUUCUAAGUGAUCCUAACAGACAUCUUUUCCUUAUCAUGAAAAGGGCGAUACUUUUUAGUAGUAUUUUUAGUACUUUUUAGUUUUCUCCAAUGUUGAAACAUUUGUAUGCUUUAGGCAGAUCUCUCCAACUGGAAUAGCCCCCUAAUCCAUUUUCUAUUAUUGGCAAAGGAAACUACCAUGGCCCACAGGGUGAGUGCUGGCCAGUGGUUUCUUUGAUUUUGACUAUAAUCCCAUAUUUCUUAUUUGAGGGGCUGUCUAUAUUUAUUGGUUUGUCUGUACUUUAGUUAGUGUUGCCACCUAUUUUGUCUUCUGAAAAUUUAAUCUAUUGUGUCAUGAGUUUGUUGGUUUGGGGACUUUCUGUGGAGAAUCAAUUUUAGUUUUCUCUCCUUGAUCCUGAAGAUUCCCAUAUUGUGCUGGUUCUGGAAACAAGGAAGAUGCAAAAUUAUGGUCAUGGAUUCUUCAGUUCUGGUGUCAGUUCAUCACUACUUCAGCGAUCUGUAUUUGGCAGAAUCUGUGCAUUUAUUGGCAUAUCUAUGUUUUCCAGUUGUAAUAAUCACCAGUGUUUGGAGUUUAAUAAAAUGAUUGGUGAGGGAAAGACAUUAGUUAAGUGUUACUAAAACUUUCUCAUAUAUUAUCGUCUAUGUGUCAUAAUCAUCUUCAGUUCUCAACAUUUCAGAGCAUCUAUUCACCUGAGGGAACCUCAGUUGAGGGUGUGCCCCUUCAGAGUGGCUGGUUAGUGUGUCUGUGAGAGGUUGUGUGAUUGGUGACUGAUGAUUGAAGCCACUUCCACAGAGGUUGGCAAUCUCCCUAGGCAAGGGGAUCUGGGCAGGGUAAGAGAGCUAAUUAGCUGAGCAUGAGACAGUGACCAAACAAGAGAGCAAGCCAGGAAACAGUGUAUGCCCAUAUUUUGGCCUGUAUUAUCUACCUUCCAUUUCUACCUUAUGCUCUCAAAAUGAUGUACUGUGAUCUGAAAGAAGCAUCAAGAAAAACUGUUCAUUUCCUGAGUAGCAAGUUAGAACAAAAAAAUGAUACACAAAAAACUGAUUUUAAUUCUGGACAGAACCUGUGAAUGUUUUCUUUUGAAGGAAUGUGGAAGACAUAAGGACUGAGAUGGCAAAGGCAUAGAAAGCUGUACACAGAUCUUCAUCUACUGUUCUUGUAGGACCUGGGUGUUGUGACCUAUGAUGAUGUGCAUGUGAACUUCACUCAGGAAGAGUGGGCUUUGCUGGAUUCUUCUCAGAAGAAUCUCUACAGAGAUGUGAUGCUGGAGACCUACAGGAAUCUUGCUGCUAUAGGCUACAGUUGGGAAGACCAUAAUCCUGAAGAACAUUUUCAAAGUUCUAGAAGACAUGGAAGGCAUGAAAAAAGUCAUAUUGAAGAGAAACCCUCUGAAUUUACUCAAUGUGGUAAAGUCUUUGCGUAUCAGAGCCAUCCUCAGGGGCAUCAACAAAUUCAUACUGGAGAGAAACCCUAUGAAGUUAUUCAAUAUCUUGAGGCAUUUGCAUAUCACAGUAGUCUCCAAAUACAUAAAAGAACACAUGGUGGAGACAAACACUAUAAGAUUAAUGAAUGUGGUAAAGCCUUUGCAUGUCACAAUUCUCUUCAAAGGUAUAAAAGAGUUCAUACAGGUGAGAAACUUUAUGAAUGUAAUCAAUGUGGUACUGACUUUGCACAACACAGUCAUCUUCAACAGCAUGAAAGAAUGCAUACUGUUAAAUGUAAGCAAAGUGGAAAAGACUUUGCAUGUUAUACUAAUCUCCAAAUAUAUCAAAGAACGCAUACUGGAGAGAAACCUUAUGAAUGUAUAUUCUGUGAUAAAACCUUUAUACAUCACAGUCAUCUUGAAAGGCAUGAAAGAAUUCAUACUGGAGAGAAACCCUAUGAAUGUAACCAAUGUGGUAAAGCCUUUUCACAAAACAGCAGUCUCCAAUUACAUAAAAGAACACAUACUGGAGAGAAACCCUAUGAAUGUAAGCAAUGUGGUAAAUCCUUUGCAUGUCAGAGUGGUCUCCAACAGCAUAAAAAAACACAUCAUGGAGAGAAAUCUUAUGAAUGUAAACGAUGUGGUAAAGCCUUUGCAUGUCAAAGUGAUCUGCAACAGCAUAAAAGAACACAUACUGGAGAGAAAUCCUAUGAAUGUAACCAGUGUGAUAAAGCCUUUGCUCUUCGCUGUCAUCUUCGAAGGCAUCAAAGAAUUCAUACUGUAGAGAAACCCUAUAAAUGUAAUCAAUGUGGUAAAUUCUUUGCACAAAGCAACCAUUUUGUACGACAUAAAAGAACACAUACUGGAGAGAAACCCUAUGAAUGUAAUCAAUGUGAUAAAGCCUUUGCAUGUCAAACUAGUCUCCUGUAUCAUAAAAGAACACAUUCUGGAGAGAAACUCUAUGUCUGUAAUGAAUGUGGCAAAGCCUUUGUACUUCAAAGUUAUCUUCAGAUACAUAAAAGAACACAUACUGGAGAGAAACCCUUUGGAUGUGACCAGUGUGAUAAGGCAUUUGCACAAAACAGUCAUCUCCUAACACAUAAAAGAACACAUACUGGAGAGAAACCCUAUGAAUGUGAGCAAUGUGGCAAAGCCUUUGCAAGUAAUAGUAAUCUCCAAGUGCAUAAAAAAACGCACACUGGAGAGAAACCCUAUGAAUGUAAGCAGUGUGGUAAAGCCUUUGGGUUUCAAAGUGGUCUGCAAAAGCAUAAACGAACACAUACUGGAGAGAAACCCUAUGAAUGUAAUCAGUGUGAUAAGGCAUUUGCAUGUCAAGCUAGUCUCCUGAAUCAUAAACGAUCACACACUGGUGAGAAGCCAUAUGAAUGUAGUGAAUGUGGUAAAGCGUUUGUACUUCACAGUUAUCUUCAAAUACAUAAAAGGAUACAUACUGGAGAGAAACCCUUUGAAUGUGACCAAUGUGAUAAAGCCUUUGCUCGAAACACUCUUCUCCUAAAACAUAAAAGAAUACAUACUGGGCAGAAACCCUAUGGAUGCAAGCAAUGUGGCAAAGCCUUUGCAAAUCACAGUAAUCUCCAAGUGCAUAAAAGAACACAUACUGGAGAGAAGCCCUACGAAUGUAAGCACUGUGGUAAACCCUUCAAGUGUCAAAGUGGUCUGCAGUAUCAUAAAAGAACACAACACAUACAGGAGAGAAACCCUAUGACUGUAAUCAAUGUGAUCUAGUCUUGGCAUGUCAGACAUCUUCAGAGCACUAAAGAAACAUUAUUGUAUAGAAUCUCUGUGAGUAUAUUUAAUAUGGUGAAGCCUUUGUACAUUUCUAUCGUCUUCAUCUUUAUGUAAGAAAUCCAUACUGAAGGGAAACUGUGAAUGUACACUAACUACAUCAGAUCAAGCCUUUUCAUAUUUCACAAGCCUUUGUCAUCAUGAAAUAAUUCAUACUGGGGCAAAACUUGAAUAUAUUUAAUAUGGUCAAACAUUUGAACAUUUCUGCCAUCUUCAUCAUCAUGAAAGUAUUUCUCCUGGAGAGAAACUCUAUGACUGUAAUGGAUUUGUGAUAUGUAUAGCUGUCACACUAACAUUCAGUUAUAAAAGAUUAGACAAAAAAAAGUGACAAGUGCCAACAAUCCAUUCAAGCAUUACGAUGUGAUGUGCCUCUUUCUUUUGUCUGCACUUGCAAACACAGUAAACCUUGUUUAUUUUGUUUGCACUUAUAUUCCUCAACAAUUAUAUGAAAUAGCUCAUCCAGGUAUAAUGCUUUUUAUUUUGAAAGAUUUUGAGUAGGUAUUGAAGGUUGUUCUAUGUUUUGCAAAUAUAUUUACAAAAGUGCUUUUUAUGUUUCUGUAGUAAAACACUAUGUCUAAAGCAGCUUAUAAAAGAGGUUAACCUAGCUCAACCAAAAUAGUCAUAAGCAGCAGAUGGAGGGAGGGAGAUGGGAUGGAAUGGCGGCUUCAACAUCAGGUGUGGAGAGAACAGGAGAGAUGGCUAGAUGGCCACGAAUAUGAAUGGAAAUAUACAAUUUAUGGGAGAGAAGGAAGGGGAAAUCUACAGGAAAAGAAAAAACAAAAAACAAAAAACAAAAAACACUGGGAUAAAGGAGGUACCCAAGAAUCAGUGGAGUUUACCCUAGCUGUGAGUCACGAAAUUGGGGUAUGGAACCUGGAGAGGCCGUCUCCUGUAGCCAGGCAGGAACCCCAGUGGAGCAAUAGAGACACCAACCCACCCUCAAAAGUUUCAACCCUAAAAUCCUGUCUACAAGAAAUGCAGGCAAAGGAGGUGGAGCAGAGACUUAGGGAAUGUCCAAACAGCUAACUGAGGGGAGUUCUAGAGAGUUAAGGGAAGGCACACCACAAUCUUGGGUGUUGCCCUACAUGGGAUUAGGGCCCUGGAUGAAUUAAAAGGAAAAAAAAAAGGAACUAAAGUUAAAGCAAGCACAUCAUCAAUAUUCACUAGUAACUUUUACACAUUAUAACAUUUAUCCUUUGUUUCCUUCCUCUUUUCAUCUUUUCUGUAUUUCCUCCAUCAAUACCUGUUGCCAUCUUUUACUUCCAUUCUCUCUUCUUCCUUCCUCUCUUUCUUUCUCUCUCUUUCUUUCUUUCUUUCUUUCUUUCUUUCUUUCUUUCUUUCUUUCUUUCUUUCUUUCUUUCUUUCUUUCUCUUUCUCUUUCUUUCCUGUCUUCAUUUACUUUUGGUUUGUACUGUAGCUAAGGAUGACCUUGAAUGUCUGAUCUUCUCCUCGCUGCCUGCUCUUAGGAUGACAGGCAUGUCGUAUUUCUUUGUUUCUUGCCAGUUGUUUUCUCACAGCAACAACAAAAUAAAGUAAAUAUACACAGCUGUGCUGAGCUCUGCUCUUAUUAUACCUUCCAGGUUUAUUGCAGAUCCUCAAGUGGUUGAAAGUAGGCACAUACUUUAAAGCCUGGAUCUUCUAUAUCUGGUUCUGCCCAGUUCUCUUCUGCUUCUAGUCAGGCAGCCACCUUCCUGGGGUUGUCCCUCCCAAUAUAUCUCUUGUGUUAGGUUUGUUGUGUGAUGUGACUUUGAGGCAUUUCUUGGUUGUCUGUUGCCAGGUGUACUGCCUGGUUUUGUGUGUCAACUGGACACAAGCUGGAGUUAUCACAAAGAAAGGAGCCUCAGAUGAGGAAAUGCCUCCAUGAGAUCCAGCUGUAAGGCAUUUCAUCAAUUAGUGAUCAAGUGGGGAGGGCCCAUUGUGGGUGGUGCUAUCCCUGGUUCUAGUAGUCUUGGGUUCUAUAAGAGCAAGCCAUGCAAACCAGGUGAAGCAAGCCAAUAAAGAACAUCCCUCCACAGCCUCUGCAUCAGCUCCUGCUUUCUGACCUGCUUAGUUCUAGUCCUGACUUCCUUUGGUGAUGAACAGCAUCAUGGAAGUGUAAGCUGAAUAAACCCUUUCCUCCCCAACUUGCUUCUCAGUCACGAUGUUUUGUGCAGGAAUAGAAAUCCUGACCAAGACAUUGUUGGUACCAGCAUAGUGGGGCAUUCCUGUGACAACCUGACCAUGUUUGGGGAAGGAGUGUAGAAGGACUUUGGAACUUUGCACUAGAAGAGCUAUUGGGAUGCUAAGAACUCUGUGGAAUGUUCUGUAGGAGCUUGGAAGAUAACCUUGAGAACAGUGCAGAAGAUGGAGACCUGGCUUGUGAAAUUACUGAGGGAAGAUUAAAGUCUCUUAUGGAUUGUUGCUAUUUUGAUUGUGAAGAUUCUGUGGUUCUGGUUAUCUGGGGCUGAAGAAUCAGCUGUGAUAAACAAGAUACCAGAACUACUAAAUUGAAAACUUUGCAUUACUGGGACUAUUGAUGCUGGUUAGCUUCAGCUAAGAAAUUAGUGAUGAUUAGGAAGAGACCAGCAUCAUUGAGGUAAAAACUUCUGGAAAGUGUUUUCGCAGAGCACAAAGAGGCUGUGUUCCAGAUAGAGCCAAGGUUGUUCUACCUACUGCUGCAGCUGGACAUGGUAAUGUGUAAGAAUCACUCAGGUGGUAAUAGGUUUUGAAGGGGUCAUGAAGAGCAGCUGAGACUCAGCACUGUGAGGCCAUGGAAGGCCAUUGGUGAAGGUGCAGCCUCAGUUGCAAUUGAUGGCCCAGAACUGAAGGGGUCUUGCAAAGGAGUUGAAUCUUGGAACCGUGAAGAGCUCCUAUAAUAGGCUUUUGGCAAAGCCUAGUUGCAGCUGAAGACAACAGUGUUUUGGAGAUGCCAAUACCAUGAGAUGACCACCAAGAACAGCAGCAGCAUUGGAGUACAGGCAGCUGGAACCUAAAAGACAAGGUGUGUGCUACAAAGGUCAGAACUGGAGAUGUGACCUAAGCCCCUGGAGGAGCCUAGAAGAUUGUGAGUGCAUCUCAGACAUUGGAUGGUUGGAGUUUGAUUUUAUUUUUUAUAGUGACUGUGCCCUGAUAUUUUUUCCUCUUGAAGGAAGAAGGUAUUUCAGUGGAACCCAUAGUUAAGAGACUUGGAAUUUUUAAGACUUUGAAUUUUAAAAGAUAUUGGAUAUUUUUAAGGGAUUGUUCUUUUUAAUAUGUAAAGACUGUAGGACUUUUAAAGUUAUUUAUAUCUUGAGGAUGAAUAAGAAAGUAAAGGUUGAGGCUUAAUAGUGAUGUGUUUGUGUUUCAAGUUGACAAGGGAUCAGUUGUACUGGCUGAUUUUGUGUGUCAAUUUGACACAAGCUGGAGUUAUCAAAGAGAAAGGAGCUUCAGUUGGGGAAGUGGCUCCAUGAGAUCCAGCUGUGGGGCAAUUUCUUAAUUAGUGAUGAAAAGGAGAGGGCCCCUUGUGGGUGGUACCAUCUCUGGGCUGGUAAUAUUGGAUUCUAUAAGAAAGCAAGCUGAGAAAGCCAGAGGAAACAGGCCAAUAAGUAACAUCCCUCCAUGGCCUCUGCAUCAGCUCUUGCUUCCUGACCUGCUUAGUUCUAUUCCUGACUUCCUUUGGUGAUGAAAAGCAACAUGGAGCCGGGUGUGGUGGCGCACACCUUUGAUCCCAGCACUUGGGAGGCAGAGGCAGACGAAUUUCUGAGUUCAACGCCAGCCUGGUCUACAAAGUGAGUUCCAGGACAGCCAGGGCUACACAGAGAAACCCUGUCUCAAAAAAAAAAGAAAAGAAAAAAAGAAAAGCAACAUGGAAGUAUAAGCUGAAUAAACCCUUUCUUCCCCAACUUCCUUCUCAGUCAUGAUGUUUUGUGCAGGAAUAGAAACACUGACUAAGACACCACAAUACUUUCAGGAGUAGAGCUGUAACACAGCAGAGCUGUUAAUACCUUCACUGGGUAAACCUUCCCAGGCAGGAGCAGAGCUGUAACAGUUUCUCUGGAACUUUCCCCUUGCCACAACAGAGCUGUAACACUUUCUCUGGGAAACCAUCCUCAUGCAGAGCAGAGAUGUUUCAGUUGUAUGGGGGAAACUUUCCUUGCAGUUGAGCAGAGCUUGUAAAGGGGAAACUGUUCCCUUCAGAGCGGCAAUACUUACAUGUGUAUGUCCUGUCUUUAUGAGAGCUCGCAUAUAUUCUGUUGUUCUUGUAUUUCUCUAUGAAGAUUUUUAGAAUUGUAUCUAUGUGUCGUCUUAGUAUUUUGUGAACACUGUGGUAUCCAAUACUUCUCAAUUCCGAGAAUUGUACCUUCAUUGACAUGCCAAAUAUAUCCUAGCCUCCAUGUCUGGCCGUCUAGGUACUGACAUUGACACCAUCCUGCUGCUAAGCUAACCUCUCUUAAAUUUCCUUUCUCCUUCCUUUAUUCCCACCAAAGAAUUUCUUUGUGCCUCUUAGUACAUGCCAUUACAUCAGCAGUGUUUCCUUCAUCUGUUUAAAAUAACUUAUAGUUGACUUAAAGAUUCAUGCAAUUCACAGAAACUGAUAACUCCGAUUUCAUUUCAAUCAGAAAUUUACUUACUUUCUAUCUGUACAAAUGCAUUUACAUAAAAAUGGCAUAUAUCCUAUUGAUAAGCAUGUAAAUACCUGGAAGUCAAGUAAUAUGGAAUAGAAAUCAUUUGUAAAAGUCACAUAACUGUUUUAGAAUUUCAGCAUUAUAUUUAACAUUCACAGUUGGCAUUUGAAAAACUUCUCUGAAUGUGUUCUAAUCACAUACAAGAUGGAAAUAUAGAAAUGGGCAUAUUUUACCUUACAAUUGGUGGGUCUUUUACAAUUAGGGAUAACAUGUCAAAUUUAAAUAAAGUGAUCGAAUUUUAUUUUGUUUAUAAAAUGUGUAUCGCAAAUUUUAAAAGUACAACUAGAGAAUGGAAGGUUUUUAUAUAUUCUGAUGUGAUUGCUAAAGUAUGGGAACAAUAAAAAUUGUAUAUACAUUUAAUUAGAUGGUUUGAUCAAAGGUUGAGCAGUCACAGUCACCUGACACCAUGCCCAGUGAUCUGAGUUCAAACUCUGCAAUCCACUUGAUGGAAGGAAAGAAGUAAUUUCUACAAAUUGUCCUCUGACCUCUACAUGCUAACUCUGACUUUCAGAAACCCAAUAAUAAUGUACAUUGUGAUGUUUUGAAUAUGCUUGGGCCAGGGAGUGACACUAUUUGGAGGUGUGACCUAGUUUGAGUAGGUGUGUGUUGCCUUUAUAUCCUCUUCCUAGCUGCCUGGAAGCCAGUCUUCCCCUAGUGGCCUUCAGAUGAAGUCGUAGAGCUCUCAGCUCCUCCUACACCAUGUUGCCGGAACACUGACAUGCUCUGCCUUGAUGAUAACAGACUGAAACUGUGAACCUGUAAGCCAGCCCCAAAUAAAUAUUGUUCGCAUAAUA